UCGUCAUGCAGAAAAAAAUCGAGAUAAUCAGCAAGUCAUCCACAUCUUCUGUGGUGGAUUUACCGCCAGUUUUCAGGACACCAGUAAGAUCAGACCUGAUUUCAUUUGUUCACAAAAACGUUGCACUGAACAAGAGACAGCCCUAUGCAGUAAAUCCGAAUGCUGGUAAAAACUAUUCAGCGGAAGGAUGGGGAACCGGGCGAGCGGUGGCUCGUGUAGCGCGUAUCAAGGGGUCAGGUACUAGACGCGCAGGUCAGGGUGCGUUUGCAAAUUUCUGUCGAGGUGGGCAUAUGGCACAUCCUACCAAUGUAAGGAGAAGAUGGCAGAGAAAAACGCCCCUCAACAUGAGGAGACUGGUUACGGCCAUGGGGAUAUCUGCCAGUGCAGUAGCUCCUAUUGUCGAGAGUAGAGGUCACCGUAUUUCUGGAUUGAAAAGUAUUCCGCUGGUUGUUGACAAUGAAAUGCUUCAGGAUGUUAAAAAAACGAAGGAUGCUGUCAAAUUUCUUGUUGAACUAGGAUUAACCGAGGAAAUGGACAAGACAAAAGAAGUUUUUAUAAAAUCAGGCAAGGGAAAAAUGAGGAACAGGAGAUACAAAGUGAAAAAGGGUCCUUUGAUUGUUUAUGACAAAGAGAUCUGUACUAAGGCGUUCAGAAAUGUUCAGGGAGUUGAUAUGUGCCGGGUUGAUGAUCUCAAUGUUCUUGAACUGUGCCCAGGAGGUCAGCCAGGAAGGCUUGUGAUUUGGAUGAAAGACGCAUUUGUUAAGCUUCAUGAUUUGUUCGGUGAUUUAGAGAACGAGGCAAAUCUUAAGGCCGGAUUUCUCCUCACCGAGGGAAUCGCAUCUGGUGAUGACAUUGAGAGGAUUUUCCACUCCUGUGAGGUACAGGCGUUUAUCGAUGAGCCUUGCCUGAUUGAUAAGCCUAAGCUGGUGAAGAACGUGAAAGAAAUUGAGAAGCUCAAUCCCUAUCUUAGUUUGAUCAAUUAAAACUUUUAUUCAAGA